CAGUUUUUUUAAUUAGUAUAGCUUGCAUGAAGACUGGAUGGCCUGAAUUUCAAUUUGGAGUGCUUAUAAAAUCAGAUUAUUCUAUCAUGCGCCAGAGUCACAUAUGGGAUGGAGCCAAAGAAGAGCUAUUUGGACCUUUGGACAAUGGUAAACACACCAGGCACUGUUGGGUCUUAAUGGUAGUGUUAUAUACUUUUGUAUAAAUUGUUAGUGUCAGUGAUAAGUUUAGAUUCAUGGUUUUUUACAACCUUCAGAAAAUAAAGAUUAACUUUAUCCAUGACCUACAUUCACAUGGCAAACAACCACGCUCAAUAGAUUAAAGAUUACCCUGCUGCGUCACCUCCACCUGAAUGAAGAUAGCCUAACAUUUACAAGUCUUGAAAUAAAAGAGAAUAUAAACUACAACCAUUACUACACCCAAGAGGAUGUCACUUUAAAGCUGCAGUCCAGUUCUUCAUCUCCUCAGUCCCCCAAUGCCGGGUCCAGUUAUGCCUGUGGAUGUGGCCGUGCAGCUGUACAUCACCCAUUCUCCCCCACUGCACAGCUUCCUGAGCUCUUAUGAAGACUACAGGAAACGCAACCUGGUCAACACCUGCUACAAACCCCUGCGGCCCUGCUUGAGCUCCAGAACCCACCUGGAGCCCCCUCGUCUGGGCUGGCAGACCCCAAAAUCCAAGGCCAAAAAGAAGGUUGUGUUUGCUGACUCAAAGGGUAUGUCAUUAACAGCGGUGCAUGUCUUCUCAACUUUUGAUAACAGAGAACCUGCUACAUCCGAACUGCAGUUUGACCUGGAAGACCUAGAGAACAUCACAGUCACUCUUCAUAUAAAUUCAGUCCAGAGCAGAAUUCUAGACUUUCCACAGCCAACGGCAGACUACCUAGAUUUCCGUAGCAGGUUGCUGAAAAACUUUGUUUGUUUGGAGAACUGUACCCUUCAGGAGCGGGCCCUCACUGGCACCAUCAGAGUGCGUAACCUGGCCUACGAGAAGUUGGUUCAUGUGCGGAUCACUUUCGACACAUGGAAGAGCUUCCAUGAUGUGGAAUGCACGUUUAUGAAUAAUGUCUAUGGUUGUCAGGAUACAGACACAUUCUCAUUUGCUAUUGAACUGCCUGGGUAUGUGCCCCCUCAGAAUAAGGUCGAAUUUUGCAUUAGCUACAGAACUGGAGAGCAGACCCACUGGGACAACAACGAUGGCAGAAACUAUGGACUAGUUUCAACAUCUUGGCAACAAAACAAUAUAUGGAAUUCCUCAAACCAGGGAAAGAAACCAAAUGAAUCCAGGAAGUUAGGCAAGAAAACACUAGACAAGGAAAUUUAUAAAAGUAAAAGUCCGCUCCAGUCCAAUAGCAUUUUUCCAAACUGGCAGAGUUGGGGGCACAUUGCAACCAGUGGCCCCUAUUGGUGACUUGAGCUCACAUAAUUAACUAUCCAAAUGUGUUGAAAGGUUUUAGCAACAAUAAAUCUCUCCGUAUGACAACAGAAGAAGAUUAAUGUUCUCUUAAAAGCUCUUAAUAUGAUAUACCUGCUGAUUACUUUACAAGCAGACCUAGAUCAGCUGUCUAUUAGCGGACUAAAGAGGGAAGAGAGGCUGGUUGAAACGGUCACAUAGAGUGAACCUUGUUUAUUUAGAUGGAACAUGUUGCUACAGUGCAAUACUUGUUUUAUUCUUUUGUUAAGUAAAACGUGUGAUGACUCCUUUCCUAUAGAGCUAGACACGUCUGUAAACAAGAACACUAGGGGGUCUGGAGUAAACACUAUGUAACAUCUUUGUCGAUCCAGGGUAUAAAAUUGUGGCAUUGUGUGCCACAUUUGCAGACUGUGCACUAUAAAAAAUGAUACCAAGUGAAAAUCAAGUCUAAAUAUAUGAGGAUAUUUGUAUCUAAUGCAUAUGUCUCACUAGCCAAUUUUCAGCCGAUUUCCAGUUGAAGAUUCUUUUAUGGAAGAGAUGAACAGUUGGUAUGCAACCAGUGAGAUUGUCCUUCAUAUUGAAGGGGGUAACCUUUACUGGUUACAAACUUUCAGAAGGAAAAAAGAAAAAAUAUAUAUUUAUCAUAUUUAAUAGGUACUCUGAUUAAAUCAGCAUUGAAAUAAAUUUGGUUUUGAUCAUUUUGUUUAUCGAGUUUUUAUCUGCAAGAUGCACAUAUGUUUAGGUGUCUCUUUUUUUUUUAUUCAUGUUGGAUGUGUUAGAAAUUUAAUGUGCUGAAUUUAAUGCAACUGAAUGCAAUAAGCUAAACAAAUGCCGUGAUAAUGGUUUCUGUGCCUUAGGAUCUCAGCAAAUGUCAUUGUAAAGUAAGUAGUCUUUUGUUGGAUAAUUUUUAUGUUUUAAGUGCAAUUCAGUGAAUAUGAGUGGAAUUUGUUGUGAUGUCAUGUUUGAAUCAGAUGUGAAGAUAAAGAAUGGUUGUAUUUUAUUAAAGAAAGAAUGGAUGUCUUGGUAAAUGAGUAUGUAUUUGGUGUGAUUUUUCUAAAAUAAAAA